AUGAGGCUAUUCUUUCUGGAAAGUCUAGAGUCUACCUGCAUUAGAACAAGGGAGCUGGAUGUUGGUUUCUUCGACGACAAGGACUUCCUGAAGAAGACUUUGUUGUUUGUGGAGGAUAUGGAAAAAGUAGCGGAGGCGAAGAAGGAACAAGCAAAGCUGGAACAAGCAAAGCUGGAAAUCGAUAACUUAGUAGACCACAAAGAGAAGAUAUGCGAGCAGCCAUCAGUGAGGAACAAUGCAUCAGCGUCAGGGAAAAAGUUAGAGUUUGCCGACAACUCUGGUGCAGACGUCGAG